CCGGUGUACGUACUUCUACGGUGUACUGUACUCAGCAGAAUUCAGAGAACUCUCUUUGCAAUGAUUAAUUCACAAAACUUCGUUGUCAGGGUUGUAACCAAAGUUCUACUAAUGGUGUUCGGAAGCGUCAUGACUUCAUUGACAGACAGAGAAGUGCUAGUUGAAAUCUUUUCAGUGGAGUUUUGCGGGUUUGGAUUUGAGUUCGGCAAUACAGGAAAAAUUGAGGCUUGCAGACUGGCCAUAGCUGUUGGAGCAAUUGUGUGCGUUGCCGGCAUUGUGUUCGUCAUUCUAGACAUUAUUGGACACAGCCAUCUCGCGAAAGAGAAAACAACACGCCUUCUGCUUUUGUUUGGGAUGGUUGCUAUGCUGGUGAUCGCAGUGCUCGCUCUGGCUACGGGUAUCUACCUAUCCUACCUCUGGGGAGCAAAGACUGACACGGACGUUUUUGAAACGAAAUUGAAAGUCUCUGCUAUCAUAACUAUAGCACUGAGCUACGCGUCAACCAUCACUGCGGUGCUAUCAGCAGUAUUCCACAAAAUGGCCAUCUCGUCUAUGGACACAGUGAUGGCAAUAAUGUAGUGAGUGAACGAGACGCACUAAGUCACUUUGUGCAAUAAACAGAAAGUAACAUCAUUCCAGAAUAUAUUACAGUUAGAUAGACAGAUAGUCAAGAUUUCAAGAGGGUAGGUAUUGUAGGUAAAUAAAUAUUGCCAAUUUAUUUCAAAUAAAUAGGUAUCAUUAGACAUGUAGAAACAUUUCAAUAGAAUGUUCGUGUGUAGAGCAUUGGUUUGUAUUUUAAUUUCCCUACAGUGUUGAGAAGACUAGUCAUUUAAUAGGUAUUUGUUUACUAGAGUGUCUACUGUAGAGUAACAUUAUAAUGAUUAGGUUUUGACAUUGUAAUGCAUAUUGGCAA